GGGGUCAACUAUGUCAAGAUUGGAGGUGUCGUUUGCGAUGAGCCAAAUUCCAAGGAGCUUCUAGCUUUCAAUCUAGGCGUUGAAUACGUGAACAGUGACACAUCAUUGCUGCCUAACACAAUUCUUGAUGCAGUGAUAAACAAAACGCACUGGACUGAUUCUUUCUCUAAUGUAAAUGCAGUGUAUGAGCAGAUUCACAGCGGUGUUGUGGCCAUUAUUGGACCGUCUACUUCAUCUUCGGUGAAGGCAAGUCAUCCCCUGUGUUCUGGAUUUCGCAUCCCUCAGAUUGCGCCUUAUGCUACAGACCCUUCUUUUGACUUCUCUCCACUGUCCUACCGCUAUUUGGUUCGCAUGAGUGCUAGUGAUGUGACUGAAAAUCAUGCACUGGCAGACAUUAUAUCACAUUUCAACUGGACUCGCAUAGCAUUUUUGACUUCCAGAAGUGAUUACGGAUUGAACGGGCUGGUCGUCUUGAGAGACAUUGCUUCUCACAAGGGAUGGACAUUGGUAGCAGUAGAGAGCUUUCAAGAGCAUAAAAAUCUGUCCUUGGUGAACGCCACAACACAGCUACUUCACAUUAGAAGUCGUGGCGCCAGGAUCGUUGUGUUAAACUGCAUAGCCGGACAAGUUUCCGUGAUACUACGACAAGCUAACAAUCUUGGCAUGACUGACGGAUGGGUUUGGUUAGUAACAAAUGGCGCUUUUGCAUUUGAUGGGCUUUUUGAAAGUGAAGGACAUAUACCACAACAUCUUCAAGGUAUUGUUGGUGUGAGGCAUUCUUUCGGACAAGGUAAAGAGCACAGUAAUUUUGACAGUAUGUGGAAGAGCAAGGGAUAUGACACAAGCCUUCUUGACAACGAUGCAACAGUGGGUCACACGUUUGAUUCAGUGUUGGUACUGGCACAGGCUAUUCAUCAUAUGCUGAUAGAUGGAUACAACAUCACCAAUACCGAGGGUCUGCAGUUUAGCGCUCACAGUGGAAGUGGUUUCAACGCUUUCAGCCCAGUUGGAGAGACUUUGUUAAAAUACAUUUCAAAUGUCAAUUCUUCUGGUGUAAUGGGUCCUUUAAACUUCAAUUCAAAUCUAUCUCCAGUUAAUGCGAUGUUUGACAUCGUAAAUCUGCGUUCGUUUGGUUUCGAGAAGGUAGGCACGUGGAAUGAUGUUGACGGGCUAGUUAUGGAAGAGAAAAAAGAAAUACUUUGGCCCUCUGGAAAAACAACUAUUCCAGUAGACACAUCUUUAACUAUGGAAAAUCAAACCUUGACAAUAGUGACAAUUGAAGAAGCUCCAUUCAUCAUUAGAAAAGUCUCCCCUGCUGACAAUGGAAAAUACACACUGAUGGGCUAUUGCAUCGAUCUUAUUGAAAAACUACAAGAAAAGUUAAAAUUUUCUUACGAUGUUUAUCUGGUACCGGAUGGCAACUUUGGUUCCCAGGAUCCAAUUUCCAAGGAAUGGAACGGAAUGGUAAAAGAGAUAUUGCAAGGACGAGCGCAGAUGAUAGUUGCUUCUUUCACGAUCAGCUCAGAACGUCAAAAAGUCCUCGACUUUACGCAGCCUUUUAUAGAUCUUGGGUUGACUGCUCUAAUCAAGUCUAUAAAUGAUGACGUAGAUUUCUUUGCAUUUUUCAAACCAUUCCAACGAGAUCUAUGGCUCAUGAUUGCGCUUACUACGUUUCUGAUUGGUGUUUUACUUUGGUUCUUUAGCACAUUCAGUCCUUUUGGAUUUUACGGAAGAUGUGUGCAGAUAGCCCAUCACAAAGUACCAAGAGAGAACCUCAAGCGCCGCCACACACUUCGUUUGGCAAACUCAAUAUGGUCAUCUCUUGUUUACUAUGUAGGGCAAAGUGCAGACAGCCUUCAUCCUGUCUCAGCGUCUGGCAGAAUCACAGUUGCAGUUUGGUGGUUUGCCAUCUUGAUUAUGGUUUCAACCUAUACUGCAAAUCUAGCUGCUUUUCUAACCAUUAAAAGGUUUUCAUCGCCAAUAAACAGUAUCGAAGAUUUAGCUGGUCAAACCUUGAUACCCUAUGGUACUGUUCGUAACAGUCAACCGCAGGCUUUCUUUGAGUCUUCAACCAUUCCAAGUUUUGUAACUAUGUGGCAGUACAUGAAGUACCACCACACUUUAGUAAAGAACAGUCAUGAAGGUAUUGAUAAAGUAAAGGGCGGCAAUUACGCAUUCGUAUGGGAUUCUAUUAUUCUGCAACAUACACUGCAUACUGUUGAAUGUGGGACUCUCACUACCAUUGGCACCUUGUUUGGCAAAAUAGGCUACGGAAUAGGCUUGCCGAAAAACUCCCCCUACACUAAACAGCUGAGUCAAGCCAUCCUAGAACUGCGUCAUAGUGGCUUUUUAGACAGUUUAGAGCUAAAGUGGUUGCACGCUCAUGGAGAAUGCAAAGAAGAGCAUGUUGGUGUUGAUUCUGGUACACAGCUGGGCUUGGCAGACAUGGCGGGAGUGUUUAUAAUUAUCUGCGCUGGUGUUGGACUCAGUUUUAUCGUCCUUGUCGUCGAAUGGCUAGUAGCAUCGUACGCAAGUACAAAGGAACACGAUCCUGAUGCACCUAAAACCCUUUGGAACUCCCUUCAGACUAGACGGCGAAAUACUUGGCAUGACUGGAGAAACCGGGACGACGUGCCCGAAAUGCCACGGCUUAUCAGUUCUCUCGCACUGGGGAGAAUGGGUCGAAUUGUGGCGCAGAUUGCGGGAUUCAGGGAAAGAGUAAGAGGGAAAAAAGUAUGGCCCGAGAAAAUCGUGAUGGAGGCUAAACCUAAGGAUCAGAGUGAAGAAAGUGAAAACGAGAAUGAUGAUCCUGAAUUAGAGUAAGAAGAGAUUAUAGAGUUUCAGCCAUGACUGAAUCAUAUUCAUCCUUUCCUCGAACUACCAAACUGACUGACCAAUCUAAUAAAGUUCGUCGUUAAUAUCAAAGUGCCAUUUUUUUGCUUGUGUUUGCAUAUCAUUAAUACGUUAGCAGUUAAUUUUAUUCCAGCCGGAUUAGAGAAUUUGAGUUUCUCAGGCGUGAGACAAAAAAGGUAUGACUGAUCCCCAACUGAUGAAAAUCAAUUGUGCAAAUUCAUCCAAUAAAAUAUUAACCUUUUCCAGACAAAAAUUCCAUAAAGACGAAUCUGUUUUCUGGCAUCAUCAGCUGUAAUCACUGAAAUAAAUGAAAGUGAAAUAUUCGUGGAAAAAAAACUAGGGACUAAACAUAAAUGUAAAGAGACAAGGCAUCUUUAGUAAAAUCCAAUAUUAAUUCGCUUUUAGAAUACACGCAUUGCUAAAAAAAAAACUAUUCCAAAUGAAUCCAUCGUAGAUCAAUGCACAGAUGUAGAAAUGAUAGCUCGGCGGCAAUUCUCCACUCUACCAUUGGUCAAACUCGUUUUCAGAUCUGCUCGCGCCUCCGUUACUGCCGUCGCGUUUUCAUUUCUCACUCUGUCAAUUAUCACUUUUAGGAGUCCACAAAAACUUUUCUGAAGAAAGCACUACAAGCGUUAUUGCUUCGCUUUAAGUCCUAGCACGUAAAGAAACUUGUGAGUAAAGGAAACAAGAAGGUAAAUUUACCAAACCUUAGAAAAAACAUGAUUGACGUCUUCAUUAGCCUAUUGGGUGUUGUAAUCAGUUGGUCAUGUGGUUGACGAUGACGUCACUGAUUUUCUUGACAGAUGGUGCGACAGAUCAGAUGGCCAUUUUCAUAUUAGAUGGCUAAUGACGUGUUGCUUACGUCAUUACUGACGUUAGCAUGAAGUCAUAAUAUUUAAGGCCGAAUGUUGUCACAAUUACAGUUCAUCACAUCUAAGGUCAGUUAUUACAUUUAGGCCUUUCUACAACAGGUUCUAUAGAUAGUGAUUAAUCAGGUAAAAUAUUCGAGAGUUGCAUUAUAUCACUUAGUAUUAAAAGGAGGGUCUCAAUGGGGUGGUGGCUUUUACGGUUAUCGGCUAAAAUUUUGGCUCUUCUACGGCUAUCGGUUAAUUUUUUUCAGUUACGGUUAACGAAAAAGUUAAAAAUUAACUUCUUUUGUUUCAAAAAGUUAAAUAUUAAUUAACCUGUAUUUUUUUGUAUCUUUAAAUCAAAAUAAAGGUCUUCGGAUCAUCUCGGGAUGAAAUAAGCUAUUCUUUUGAAAAAUUUUAACAUUUGAUAGAUCAUACUUUUUAUAAAGUAUUGCACUUCUGAUAUUAUUUUAUACAUAGAAAUGUCAAUAGUCAAUUUAAAAAUGAUCUUUGUGAAAAAGCAAAAGCAGACACGCGAACGCCCAACUCCAGGCCUGGGCGCGACAUUCAUUAUAGCAGAAAUGGCCGUUUUCACACUAGAGAAGGAUUAUUCUUGUGAGACGGGUUAUCCGUUUGAUGAUCUAAAUCUAAAUCUAAAUCUAAAUAUCGUUAUGUUGGCAAAAUCGUUUGGGACAUCACGCCAACUCUAAGAUAAUAAUAAAUAAAACUAUACUAGAAUAUACAAAACUAUUAAAAACUAUUAAAAAACUAUUAAAAAACUACUGAUAAAAAGAAAACUAAAUUAGUUUGCUUUUAAAAAUACAGAGGGAUUGGCUGGAAACAGUUUCUUCUGGAAGUUUGUCCCAUUCAGUUAUUGUCCUGGGAAAAAAAGAAAAUCUAAAAAUAUCUUUAUGUCCUUUCGGUACAAUAAAUUUAAAAUCAUGGCUUCCCCGGGUUCUCCUUUCUUUGCUUGUUAUCAAAUAAUCCCCCCAGUCCCCAUCUAGGAGGCCGUGGCACAUCUUGUAUAUAGUGGAGAGCCUUGCGUGUCUUCUCAUUGUUUCAAGUGUGUCCCACUGUAGGUCUUGCAGCAUUUCCGUCACGCUCGUUGUUCGAUCGUAAUUUCCAGUGACAAAGCGGGCUGCUUUCCGCUGUACCCUUUCUAGAGCGGCUUUAUCUUUCUGGUAAUGUGGGUCCCAUGCGCCACAGGCAUACUGGAGUUUUGGCCUCACAAGUGUCAUAUACACGGUUUCUUUCACUGACUUUGGACAAUUCCACAGAUUUCGCUUGAUAAGUCCCAAGACCUUAUUUGCCCUAGAUGUGAUUGUUUCAAUGUGUGGUGACCACCUCAUUUUGUGAUUCGCGUCAGAUAGGUGAUACGUCUUAAUUUGGCAAUGGAAUAGUUUUAAUUUUGAAUAAACAAUCCGCCUGACUUUCGAAGACAGGAUUAUCCGUUCCAGAUAGCCUGUGUACAGCCGCCCCCUCCCCUCAGAAAAAAAUCGGAGAAGGGGUGUCUGUGGGGAGGGCGCGACUGUACACAGGCUAGUCUCAGACGGAUGAUCCAUUUCUGGGUCUAGUGUGAAAACGGCCAAUAACAAAAUUCCCGUGUCCAGUGUUUCUAAUGAUAGUGAAGGACUGUACGGAACGACUGUCUUGCCGUUGCCUUGUCCGUAGGCCGCAUUAUUCCGCGAGGCUGAUGCCUUUCGGGUCAUGUGAUCCGAGCGAGUUCGCCACUGAAAUGCCUUGACCGAGAUUGCGUGGGAAGACGCCGAACAGGGACUAGGCAUGGCGAUGUCUACCGUAACGUCCGAGAAAAACAGGGAAAUGUUGUUUAUCGGCAACGUGUUUUACAAACACUGACAUCUCUGCGUGUUGUUUCACUACUGUUUUGAGGGCACGGCCUCCUGAAAAUUGCAAAUAUUAAUCCCCAGCAAGAAGCCACACUUUCGCUAUGGAAAAAAUUAGUUCCCCAAGAAAGCGCCGGAAAUGGAGCCUAGGUCUUGGUUAACACCUAAAAGGCGCUUCGCCUAACGUGCGUACGGAGUCACACUAGCCGGGAAAUAAAAAACGCAACCAUAAGUGAGUUUAGUACCUUCCUUAAAAGUAGCAAAUCUAGGGAACACUUUCUUUUACGGUGAACUCUUUUUUACGCUAUUUACGGCUAACGGUUAAAUUUUUUAAAUUUUUACGGCUAUCGGCUAAAUUUUUGGCCGUUUUACGCCUAUCGGUUAACCCCAUUGAGACCCUCUAAAAGUAGACACUGGCAAUGAUUUAAAGCUUCAAUUUCAUUAUUAUAAUUAUCAUAAAAUAAGGAUAAUGUUAAAGAUAUAAGUUAAUUUAAAGUUAAAUCCAGUACUGUAGUAAUAAAAAAGCAUAACAAUAAUAAUAAUAAUAACGAUAAUAAAAAGUUUUUAGUGAGCUUAAAGAGAUCCAGAAAUACUGGCAGUUGUGAGUAGAUACCGCUGUAUAAUAUUCAAAAGACUAAGAAUUAAUUGGAUAGAGUGAUUCUCAGCUGGAGCCACUGAUCUCUUCACGCCGCUUGAAUGCAAUUUUCCUUGGCACACUGUGUGGCUAUUUUACUUUUAUUUCACUGUAGGUCACAGUUUGGUACCAGUUUAUGCUUUUUAAAAAACGCAAUAUCAUUUUUCGCGGAGAUCGAUCAAGAGUUCUUGUAUCGCGAAGAAAUUAAAGAGCCUGAUCGUAUAGUAAAAACGACCUUUCAUAAUAAGAGCUGACAAAGUACAGAUAAUUCUAUCAUACGACAUUGACUGUGUAAAAAAGGUAUAUUGUAGGGGUAGCUAGGUUAGGUGAAAAUGGAGACACAUUCACAAAAAAAACGGUAAUAACUCAGAACAUCUGAGUCCGCGUCAUUAAAAUUCUAACAGGGUCGGUGUGCCUUUGAAGAGAAGUGAAGCAAACAGGACUGGGAUUUAUUACCGUUUGUUUUUCGAUAGUGUACGAGACAAGCUGUCAAACAAGACAUUGAUUAAAUUCUAGCCGGAUUGAAAUUAUACUUGGAAUCAAACACAGUUGGAACUAAAGGUAACCACUGCAUGCUGUUAAUUGAGUUACGAAUUGAAAUGGUACAAAUUGUCAAGCGGAACUGCAAAAAUAACGAUGACAAAAUUUUAAAUUACGGUUUCGAUCGAAAUUUAGGUGAAGUAUAACCAACCUCUUGACCACCAUAACUCAAUUCAGUUUAUUUAUCCCUCGCUAUUACAGAGCAAACAGACGAUUUUUCCCAGUUAGAUUAAAUGGCAAGCUUACUUCUGCCGGCUUUGUUUACCUUAUCUGUUGAAUUUAUAAAAGAGUUUGAUUCGUCUAAGGUGAUAAGUUAUUUGCAGUAAAGCUGUCUGAAAUAUACCUUUCGUUAGAUAUGAUUGGUCGGCCCGCGUAGUGCGUAGAUAGAUCAAGAACCUCUUUCAAAACUGCAGGUCAAUAUUAAACAGCUGAAAAGAUAAGCUAUCCAUUAAAAAAUAUCAGGUACUGCCCAUCAUUUUCUCCAAUCGAACUAAGAAAAACAUAUAAUCUCGCCUGGAAAGACUAACCAGGCAAUUUUCGGCGCUUUUUAUAAUUAUCGUCAGUUUUCGACGGUGCUUGAAUCAAGAUCUGAGUACAAAUCACACAAAAUGGCUAGCACUAACGUAAACAGCUCUUCCCGGCCUUGUAAAGAUAUUAAUCACACUCUAAAGCCGUCCCAUUUUGCCGCCGUAUUCGAGCGUUUUCACGAAAUGAAGACCAAUAUGGAGCUUUGCGACGUUUGUCUGAAAGCUGGAAAUGUUACAUUUUCGGCGCACCGUUUAAUUCUAGCAGCGAAUUCACCUUAUUUCCGAAGCAUUUUUAGCGCGGAAAGCUCAGAAUCUAGCAGCCAAGAAAUAUCUCUGCCGAACAGUUUUCGCAACGAAACAGUAAGGUUAAUGCUGGAGUAUUUUUACGCCGGAAAACUACGAGUCAACGAGGAAGAUUGUGAAGAAAUGUUGUCUCUGGCUUACAUGUUGCAGGUUAGAAUAGCCCUGCAAUAGAACUGUAAUAACUGUUUUAUUGUUGAAAUUUUUAAUUCGACGUAACAUACUUCCUCUUGAACCUUAGUUCCGUUAAAUAUGGUGUCUUAUUUAGAGCGCAAUAACAAGAAAUCAAAAAAGAACAUAUCUUCUCAGAUACCGUUCAGUUAAAAAAAUCGUAAAUCAUGUUUAGACGUCAAUUAACGAGUGAAAAAUAGUGCCUACAUUUAUCAUAUCGCGGAGAUAAUUAGACAGUGGUGCCUUUUUUAAAUAUCGUUUAGUUGUUCGUUUUGGUUAGAAAAAGCGUUUAUUUUUCUGUUGGUAUACGAAGCGAGGGGUUAUCUGAGUUUUAAGCAAAUUUUGCCAUUUUUGAGUUUACUGGGCUUUUAGCACUUGAAGUGCCAAAAGCUAGCAACAUCUGUUUAAGCAUUUAUCACGAGAGUACGUACAUCAGACAAAAGAUUAUAUAUUGAUGCUUUAAUUUAAGUCAUAAGCCGGAGAGAAUAUCCUUGUCAUUUCAAUCAAGAGCUUUCCUUUCCACGAUCAUUUAUUCUUCAAUUUUUCUUUAUAUUUGCAGCCAGUUUUACAGCUCAAAAAAAUCAAAUAUUCGAAAUCAAAAUAUUCAAAUCAAAAUAUAAAGAAUAAGAGCGCGGGUCCUGGCUAGCAAACUACUCCAUUUUGUUUCAUUAACUGAUAGUUUUAUCACGUUAGAUGCAAAACUAUUGAAACCUCGAUCUUUAAUGUGAACGGAGACAGCUUACCGGGCACGUUAAUAAACGGGACUUUCGAGAAACGGGCCCCUGGUGGCUUACCUGUGUGAAUCUCGUUUCUGAUAAAUGUUAUUCGUUUCAGAUAUGGCCUUAGCUGCUACUAUAGAAAAUGAGUCGGUCUAGUAGGCUUAAUUUUUUCUCUUGCUAAAAUACAGCCUCAAUAUUUCAAAAUGUUUAUAUUUCGAAAUAUACGUAUUGUACCGUAGCACAAAAUGGUGUGUUAUUUAUUUGCUAAUUGACACGGUUGUCUCCUCAAAAAUGUUAAGAUAAAGCAUCUUUCCUUACAAUAGAAAAUGAUUUAGAAGAAUCGCCCCUCCUCUUUAAUUGUCCUUUUUAUCUACAUCAAGGGCUAGUUUUAAACCUCUUUUUGGGUCUAAAAUAGGGAAAUAAGUAUAUCGAGAUAAGCUUCAAUGGAAAGAAGAUAUGAUGAAAUAUCAAAUAGCGUUUAAAGCUUGAAUUACUCUGUGAAGUCCUUUAAAAUGGCCCAAGAGAGGAAAACAUACCAUUUCUCGCAGACCACAAAGUGGAAAGAUCAAAUCAAAUGAACUUUGUAGGAAUAAAUUAAAUGAACAAUGUGACAGUGAAAGUAAAGUAAAACGCGAGACUUUCUGAACCAUAGUAAGAAAAACCCAGCCAUAAGUGCUUUUGUCACUAAACCCAGCUAUAUGCUUUGUCACAAAAUGCUUUUUUUUUUUUUUUCAUAUCCUAGGUAAACAAAAUCGUUGAAGAGAUUCAGGAGUUCAUUGUGGAAAAUCUCCGAGCAUCAAACUGUCUAAAGUUUCAACGAUUGGCUCAUAAGCUGAAACUAACCGACCUCAAGAUAAAAAUCGGCCGCUUUGUGGAUUGGAAUUUCAAGAACCUGUUGAAAGAGCCUGAUUUUAUGGAGAUGUCCGCUGAACACCUCAUUGAAGUUGUCAAAAGCGAAAAUCUACGAGUUAAACGUGAGGAGACCGUGUACGAAGCAAUUUAUAGAUGGUUUAGACAGGACGUAAACGUAAGGUAGGCACUGUUAAUUUCCUGUUAAUAGAUUUUAGACUGGCAUCCUUCCACUGAUUGUAACCUGUAUCCGCGAAAGAUAACGGAAAAAAGAUGAGAGCCAUAUCUACGUUGUAGUCAUCUCGUCAUGGCGUCAUAUAUUAUUAUAAACUGUAAGUGGAAAGUCGAAUUGUAAAUGAAAGUCGAAGGCACAAUCGUACGUUAAUCAAAUUUCUUCUCUUCAUUGUUUUUCAUCAGGACAAGAAAUGCUGAGAGUGUUUUUAAGGAAGUCCGUUUCCACCAAAUUCCCUCAAAAUAUCUCACUAAAGAAAUCGUCCCAAAUCUUUGUGAAAAGUAUGGAAUUUGUGUAGAACAAGUAAGAAAGGCGUUGGAACAACAAACAGAAGGAGAGAAUGGUCUUGUGUCGAAAACCGACUUUGCGAGGAAACCCGAAGACGUCUUGUAUGUAAUCAGUAACAGGACCAAUUUGGUCGAGCGAUAUGAUACAGUGAAGAGCGCAUGCGUAAGGUGUGAUGAAAUGUCACCAGUGGAGCAUGGGGAAAGCUUAAGUGAGAAUCGCUGUGCACUGGUGGUGGGUCAAGAUCUUUACUGUAUGUCUGCUACCAAAGUUGAAAAGUUUAACGUUCUAGAGCGUUGCUGGACACGUGUGGCAGAAGGUAUGAACUAACCACUAUUAUUAAAAACUGAAUCAUUGGGUGAUGCAGUUCUACAGCUCUGAUUGGCUUAGCCAUCAUGGUAUAUUUAACAAUUAUUCCUCGAGCCGGAAUGGGCUCUUAGUCAUGCAAUAGCCCAUUUGGCCUUCGGCCUCAUCGGCUAUUGACUCAGAGGCCAAGAGGGCGAGAGGAAUAAUUGUUUUAGUAAAAUCCAACUAGUUGGUCAAAAAUAUCGAGACAAAACAACUUUAGCUACCAAAACGCGAUUCAGCCGCCAUCGUUUUGCUUUUCAAAGCCGGCGAUUUUCGGUACUAGUAGGCUAUAACAUAUAGCCUAGUAGUAGCUCAACCAAUCGGAGCGCAGCAUUGAUAAUAGACCAGUAGUUGGAUUUUACUAAAAGUCAUAUAGUAACCGUAGGCGUCUGCUCAAAAUUAAAAACAAGCUGAAAAUCGGUGGUUUGUACAAGUAAAGUCGAGAAGAAUCCUCGAUAUUUUGUGGGCGUUUUUAGUAAAACAAUUAUUUCACUCGCGCUUGUUGGAUAUGAGAUGAUUAUAGCCAACUCGGGGUAACGCGCCCUCUUUGGCGAUCUACCACCUCAUAUCCAACAAGCGCUCGGGGAACAAUUGUUAAAUAGUUGACCGGCGAUGUUUAACCUUACAAACAAAACCAACUUGACUAAUGUUAUUUAAAGAGGGCGUGACACUUGAUAGUUUUAAGAGCUGAUACCCUGCAUCGCUUUAAUUUCUGAGUACUCCCAACUAAUUGGAGAUGCUUUUUGGAUAAAAUUAGAAUUCGAAAUGUUAGUUUCUGGGGAUAGCAGAAAAGCGGAGUACCUGGAGAAAAAUCUCUCAGAACAACCGGAGAAAAUCAAAAGAAAGCGCAUAAUGUGACGCUUGUAAAUUACCAACGCCUAGUGCAGUCUCUCUGCUAAUUAGUUUUAGUUUUUCCGUGUGAAAAAAUUGGUAAACUCAUGUUCUUUUUUUCUGUUUUUGUUUUUUGUAUUAUGUUUUGUUUUCUGUUUUUUGAGCGUUUUUUUUUUUUGCAAAAGCGAGAAAGAGGCGAGCUUUUAGAGCGCCGGACUUGUAAUCCGGAGCCCCGAGUUCAAGUCCCGUCCUGACCGCCAGCUGGAUUUGUUCCGUUAGUCCCAAGUUCAUAUCCUCGGCCACGCUUGUAAAUAGCCAACUGGUUCGCCUCCUACCAGCUGAGAUUCUAAAACUUGUAGUGUUACAUUUGAAUUAUUUGUUUCAUUAUCCCUGAAAAGCCUUAUUAGGUGAGAGGAUAAUUCAGUAUUUUAUUUUUUGUAAGGUGAUGGUAAAAUUAUUUAUUACAGGAUCAGGCUCUCCCAUUUUCUCGAAAGAAGCCUCUUAUACUGUGAUUACUAGAGUACGGCAUGCCAUAAAACCUCAAGUUGCUUUUCUCUUUGCUGUUUUCUUAUUAAUGUCUAUACAUCAAGGCGGUCCCUGUACUAAUUUGUUAUUCCGUUUUAAAGAAAUCGAGACUGAUUGUAAAAGUUUAACCGACACGAAUGAUUGGGUGAGUUAAAAUCGGUCUCGGAUUUAGUGAAGGUAAUUAUCUGGUAACAGGCCUGAGCAGUUAAUUAAGGGGUCUAGGAUUAUAUAGCAUGUCGAUUUUAUGUUAAAAAAGCGUGUCAGUUUCUUAAGUUCUGCAUGUCUUAGUACAGGUCUCGUGUAAUGCGAUCGUACUUCUUACAGACAAGUCGGUCUUAGCAAACUAACGAUUUUUUCUCGUAAAAAAAUUGAUUUGACUUUACCCAGGUGUAGAUGUUCACGGCUCCAACAUAUGUGCAGGAAAAGACUGUAUUUAUGUGGUAGGAGGACGGCACAAAGAGAACGGUGUUUGCAGGCUGGAUCUAGAGUCAUUGGAGUGGGUGGAUCUGCCUGAGAUGACCACAGGACGGAGAAGCCCAGGUAAGUGACAUUGGCUGUGUGGUAGGAAAGUGGCACAGGACACUUUAUUUUAGUCUCCGCUGUUCAGCUUUGCGGAGAAAAUUCACUGCCGGUGAUCUGGUCAUAACCUCUUUUCAACUAUUCAGGGGCACUGAACCUCAAUGUUGUUAUGCAUGGCGACUUUGAUGUUCCGCUCACAGUGCUUGCGUGCGACCCGCCAGCCGUUACCACAAUUCAAACUCAGUUUUUUUCUCCGUUUUAUCGAUUUCAUGUUUCACAGCAGUCUCCUCCCACCAUUCUAGAGCUGGGGUUCAGUUCUCUCGUCCCCCUUAUGUCCUAGAAGAGCUAAAUUAGAACCUUAAAAAGUUUAUAUUUCAAUUAAACGUAUUGAACGAUGUGUUGAUGAAGUUCUUUUACACCCUUUUUCAGGUGUGGCUUUCUUGGCCGGAAAGUUGUAUGUUAUUGGAGGCCAUAGUCCUGACGGACCAUUAGUAUCUACGGAACGUUUUGACACAAAACAACAGAAGUGGGUCACUUUGAAGUCCCUGAGCAUGGCUCGUUUUCAGCUAGGAGCCUGCGCGGUGGACGGACUUGUGUACGCGAUAGGUGGCAGAAACAACGAGAGGAGCCUGGAUACUAUAGAAGUGUACGACCCCAAGGCCAAGUCAUGGACGCUUUUAAAUGAGAAGAUGGCCGAGUCUCGUAACGAUUUCGGACCAGCGGUUAGAAAUCACGAAAUUUACUGUGUAGGAGGCCGAGGAGUAAAUUCCAUCGAGUCCUUUGAUGUCGUGGCAAAGAAAUGGAGAAAUGCUGGAUCAACUGGAGAAAAUAACUUUAGUAUAAGCUGUGUCUUUUAUCCACCGAUGCAGUAG